AUGAAACUCCUCAACAUGGUACUGGUGUGCCUGCUGGUGGCUGCCAUGUGGCUACAGAAUGUGGACAGCAAGAGCAUGCACGUGGUCUCCUCUAGAUGCUGCUUGAACACCUUGGAGAACAAGAUUGCCCUGAAGUUUAUCAAAUGUUACAAAGAGAUCGGCCCCAGCUGUCCUUACUACCCAGCUGUAAUAUUCAGGCUGAUAAAAGGUAGAGAAAGCUGCGCCUUAACUAACACCACGUGGGUUCAAGAUUACCUGAAGAAGGUGAAGCCCUGCUAAUUGGGGUGAAGAUAAGCUACCUUCCCAUCCCAGCACCAGAGCCUGCAGUUUCACUCAGGCCUCCUCCCCUCAACCACAGCCAUCUCUCUGCCUACUGAUGCAGGCUCACAGAUCUCAGUCAUGUGAUAAGCUAUAUUAUGGUAUUUUAUCUGUUUAAACUAUGGAAUCUUCAA